UCCGUCGCGGCGUCGAUCGAGCCCUCUUCCACCUAGCGACGAUAAUACGUGCCGGGCACCUCGCUGGCAUUACGAGGUCGUCCUGUGGGCGAUCGUCGCCCAAACGAAGGCCAGCGACGGAGUCAGACCACCAGGGAAGACAAGGAAGAAAUGACAAUGCAUUUAAAAUAUGUAAUUUGAAUUGGUAUCGUGCGAUAGUAUUUACCUAGAGGAGUAGAGUAGAAGUGAAAAAAGGGUUUAAGAAGGAAUAAAAAGAGGUGGAAGAGUAGUAGAAGAGGUGGAGAAUGAAAUCGAUCGGUAGCUGGCCGAUGCGGGAAAAUUUUAAAGCUAUCGGAUUUUAAAAUCGUGAGUGAAAUAAAUUAAGUGAGGAUCUAUGUAAUGAUGAAAGACGUGAGUGUUAGCGAUAGACAAUAAUGCAAUAAAUUAGUAUUUAAAAACGAAAGAUAGUUUGUGAAUAUCGUGUGAGGGUAAAGAAGAGAGGCGUGGGACGAAUUUGGGUGUUCCUACAAAGUGACUCGAGACGAUGACAGGGUUGGGGGUGUGAUUAAAGAGAUCCUCCCAUGUUUUUUUCUAAAUUGCUCGAUUCAAAGACUGAUUAUCUUGAAUAAACAGAACAACUACCUGUAAUGUAUUUAAAAGUCCUCCUGUGCUGAUACUAGUUGACGUAAGUAGGACAGAUAUGUCGAGUUUAGAGUUUAAUUACCAGAGAGUGUGAUUAAACCUGGAUUGCUGAAUAAAAAAAAGGGCCUGAUGAAUUUGUAAAAUAGUUUUUUUUAAAGUUUAUAUUGUUUGUAAAACAGCAGAAUACAGAUGAGUCGUAAAGAGAAUUCAAAUUGGGCAGCCAGACUUGGAGUGCCUCGACUUUCUUCCACAUCAGUCGGAUGAACUUUUAAGAAAAGUGGAUCUCUAAAUGGAGGACAAUUAAAGGUCGAUCAAUACCAAGACAAGAGCUGUAAACUUCCGGUUAUGUACAAACGAAUUGACACCUUAUACUAAACACGUGACACACACAUACACAUAUAUACAUAUUUAUAUAUACAUGAAUAUAUAGAAACACAUGCGAUCGAUAAAGACUGAAAAGCUUUCAAUGCACAGAGAGCUGAUAAAAUUCAUAAAUAAUGAAUAAGUCAAUAUCAACAUCUUGUCAAUAAUUUCCAAUGACUGAGAAUUCAGGAAGCGAGGAAGGUGGCUUUUUUAAAUAGAUAUAAACACAUGCAGGUUGUAAGACUAAAAAUAAGAAGAUGCCGGUUUAGAGUGAGGGCAAGUUGGCUGUGUGUGCGUGAGACCAAGUGAGACCGGAAGAGACUCUUGCUGUCAGAAAAAGAGACGAGAGAGAGAAAGAGAAAGGGGGAGACAAGUGGGUCGCCUCUCCCGACGUUAAAAGUGAGAAAGUCGAUUGUUGGAUGAGAGGGUAGGGAGUUACAGAACUAGUUGAACAGAUAGAGGGAGGAAGUAGACACACAAGUAGAACUAGAAAGAUAUGUCCAGGGAUCCUUACUCCUCUAGUGUGGUUGGUCCAGGCGGCGGGACUAGAUCACCAAGAAGUGGAAGACGUGUCGGUGAGCUUCCAACGGUUGAUCGCAGUCCAUCACGAAGUUAUGCUAGCGGUCGAGGCAGUCCUCUGGGUCGUAAACGCGGCACCAGAAGUGGAAAUAAUUCACCAGAACAUCUCAGCUACUCUUCCAGUUAUCAUCAUCACCAGCUGAGCAGUCCAUUUUACUCACGAGACGAAGAUUUAGGCAGUCCAGUUAUGCUUGAAGAACGUGGUAGAAGUAUGUCCACGGGUGCCAGUGGCCACCACCGUUCCCGAAGCGCUUCCAGACCAGCCAUGUCUGGCUCAGGUGUCUUAUCUGCCCGAUACACCAGUUUGGAUCGGGCUUCCGCUGGUAUCCUUGAUCAUGAUCGCGAAUUCGUACCAAUUCGCGAUCCCAGGGAACGCAGCAGAGAUCGAGGGGGGCUUUAUCUCGAUGACGACAUUUACGGGUCUAGGUCAGCGAGGCAGAGCCCAAAUCCCCAUAUGCUCAGGGACGGUGGUAUGUACAUUGGCGAACUUCAGCACCAAAACAAUGAUCUACAACGAGAACUGGGUAAUCUCAAAAAAGAGCUUGAACUAACCAAUCAAAAGCUUGGAAGUUCAAUGCAUAGUAUCAAGACAUUUUGGAGUCCUGAACUCAAAAAAGAAAGGGCAUUGAGAAAAGAAGAAAGUACCAAGUACAGUCUCAUCAAUGAACAACUUAAAUUACUUAAUUCCGAAAAUCAGAAACAAAGUAUGAUGGUAAGACAGUUGGAGGAAGAAUUGAGACUGAGAAUGCGAGGACCCAGCGUAGAAAUGCAGCAACAAAUGGAAGUUCUUUACAAUGAAAAUGAACAUCUAACUCGAGAAAUAGCAAUACUGCGGGACACAAUAAAGGAGCUCGAACUGAGAAUAGAAACUCAGAAGCAAACACUACAAGCUCGUGAUGAGAGCAUCAAAAAGCUCCUGGAGAUGCUCCAAAACAAGGGGAUGGGAAAAGAGGAGGAGAGGAUCAUGUUCCAGCAGAUGCAGUCCAUGGCCCAGAAGCAGCUGGACGAACUCAGGACGGAGGUUCAGCGUAGGGAUCAGGAAAUUCUCGGAAUGUCGGCUAAGAUGAAAACACUUGAGGAACAGCAUCAGGACUACCAAAGACAUAUUGCAGUACUUAAGGAGUCACUUUGUGCUAAAGAAGAGCACUAUAACAUGCUCCAGGCUGACGUUGAGGAAAUGCGACAAAGACUCGAAGAGAAGAAUCGACUGAUUGAGAAAAAAACCCAAGCUGUAUUGCAAGCACAACAGGAGAGAAAUCGCAUGAAUACUGAGUUGACUGAGCUCAAAGAUCACAUGGAUAUCAAAGAUCGCAAAAUCAAUGUCCUCCAACGAAAGAUUGAAAACCUCGAAGAUUUGUUGAAAGAAAAAGACAACCAAGUGGACAUGGCGCGUGCACGUCUGACCGCGAUGCAGGCGCACCACUGCAAUAGUGAGGGCGCGUUGAGCAGCCUUGAGGAAGCAAUCGGGGACAAGGAAAAACAAAUGGCCCAAUUGAGAGAGCAAAGAGAUCGUGCUGAACAGGAAAAACAAGAAGAAAGAGAACUUCAUGAGCGUGAACUCGCUGAAUACAAGAUGAAGAUUCAUGCACUUGAAUCUGAGGUCGAGAAGCUUGGAGCACGUUUGGAACGAGCACAAGCAGAAAAAGAUCGCCUGGAGGCGAAACUAGAGAGUUCACAAUCAGAACUCGGCAAAAGUAAAGCUGAGUUGGACAAAGCGGCAUCCGAGGUAGGCCGUAGUGGUGCCGACUGGGAGGCAGCCAAACAACGACUCACUAGGCUGGAACUUGAGAAUGAAAGAUUACGUCAUGAUAUUGAAAAAUCGUCAAGUACAUUUGGUAGAGGUACACUUAACUCUUCACAGGAAAUAGAUAGGAUUCAAGAGCGCGCUGAAAAGGCUGCAACAGAACUGAGAAGAGCUCAAGCUGAACUACGAGUCACGCAAGCGGAUAAUGAACGAGCUCGAGCUGAAGCUGCUGCUCUUCAAGAAAAGGUUGAAAAAAGUCAAGGAGAAGUCUAUAGGCUAAAAGCAAGACUGGAGAACGCACAGGGAGAACAAGAUAGUUUGCGUGAAGAAUAUGAUCGAGCACAGUCAACAGUAGCUAGAUUACAUUCUGAACGCGACAAAGCUGUCGCUGAAUUAGAAAAAGCACGAGAAGAACUCGAAAGAACACAAGCGACUCUUGGUAAAGCUCAGCUACAGCAAGAAAGACUGCAGAAUAUGCUCGAUAAGGCUCAAAGUGAAGCUGAUAAGCUUCAGGAACGAUUGGAAAAAUCGCAAACGGAAAUACGACGAAUGCAAAUGGAGAAAGAAAAACAAAACUACGACUUUGAUAAUCUUCAAAGUCAACUGGACAAGGCUUUGGGGCAAUCGUCGAGAAUGCAAAAGGAAAAGGAAGCUAUUCAACUGGAAGUCGAUCGUCUUCAAGACAAAUAUGAGAAAGCACAGAUAAUCGUUCAAAGACUACAAAAAGAACGUGACAAUCUACAGGAAGAAGUAUCGAAACUUCAGCGAGAAAAAGAUAAUGCACUUUCUGAAUUAGAUUUAGUGAAGGACAGAUGGGAAAAGGCCCACAAUUCCCACCAGAAAAUUUCUUUGGAACGAGAUGACGCAUUGACAGAGAUUGAAAUCCUCAAAGAAAAACUUGACAAAACUCAAUAUGCGCUAUCGAAAGCAAUGGAAGACCGCGAAAAUACAAGCAAAGAAUUUGAAAAACUGAUGGCGAAAUGCGACAGAUCACAGAGUGAAGUGUAUCGUCUUCAGAAUCGAAUAGAGGUAAUGGAAGCAGAGAAAGAUCGACUGGAGUUGGAAUCAGAGAAAAACUCCCACUUGGCUCUAAAGAGCCGUGAAGAAGCACGAAAAGCCCAAGAAGAAUUAGCACGUGUACAAGAAAUGUAUGAUCGUGCGGCACUUCAAUUAGGAAGGACAAAAGAAAACGAAGAAAAAUCUAAAGACGAUUUAGAUCGUUUGACUGUAGACCUUGAAAUGGUUCGCGAGAGGUACGAAAAAUCUCAGAUCGAGUUACGUCGUUUACAGAAUGAGCGUGAAAAACUCGUGGCAGACAAUGAGAGAAUUAGUUUUGAAUUGGAGCGCGCACACUCGCAGCUGAAUAAAGCACAAGCAGCAACAGAGAAAUCACAAGAAGAACUUCAACGUAUGCAAAUGGAAAUCGAAAAGUUGUAUGAAAAACACGAUCGACAGCAAGCAGAGGUACGUAAAGCACAAGCGGAAGCUGAAAGACUUCGUUCAGAAGCCGAAAGUGCUCGUGAAGAGUGUGAAAGAUAUGCCGCACGAUUUGGUAAAUAUCAAGAGAGCCAAGAACGCCAGAAGGAUGAACACGAGAGGGCAAAAAUGGACGUGGAGAGACUGCGGGACCGACUGGACAAGGCACUUGCGGAACUGGACAGGGCGAGAAAAGCUGAACAGGAUGCUUCGAGACUACGAGCUGAUUUAGAACGGGCAGAGGGAGUACGAGGUAAAUACCAGUUCGAGCAGGAGAAAUGGCAAAGCGAGGGUAGUAGGCUACAACAGGAACUGGAAAAAGUGAGGGAGAGGUUGGAGAUACGUGAAUCUGAAUUAAAACGUAUGCAAACUGCGUAUUCUGAAUUAGAAGCUAAAUUACAUGAAGCUCAAUUACAACUUGAGAGAGCACGUGAAGAAGCCAGUAAAGUUAACGCAAAUCAAGAAAAAUCUAGGUCAGAAAUUGAGAGAGCGCGAAUUGAAGCUGAAAAAAUACGUGAUCGGCAUGAUAAAAUUAAAGCUAAAUGUGACGCACUUGAGGCUGAUAACGAAAAACUCAGGGUAGAAAUUGUCAGACUUGAAAGAUUAAUGCAAACUGAAGGUAAAACAAGAUCUGAAAGCGCAAGUAUUGAAGUUGAACGACUUAGAGCUAGUUUGGACAAAGCCAUUGUCGCUAGAGAUCAAGUUGAGCUUGAGGCAGGUAGAUUGGCUAAAGAGCUUGAAAAAUCACAAAUUUUACUGGCUAAGCAUCAAGAGAUUGCUGAAAAUGCUAAGAAAGAAUACGAAAGAGUAGUCAAUGAACUUACAGCAUUGAGAGAAGAACGAGACACUCUGAGACAAGAAUUCCGACGGAUUCAACAGCAACAGCAAGUCAUUGGCAAUGAAGAAUUCGCGAAACUUCAGCAUGAUCUUCAGCUCACGUUACGUGAGCGCGAUAAAAUGGCGGCGAUACUUGAAAAUCGUGAAAAACACUCAGAGAAAAUUGAGAAAAUGCGUGAGAAAUUGGAAGCCGAAGCGAAACAACUUCAGAUUGAACGUGAUCAGUUGGUAAUACAAUUAGAAAAAUCACAAGACAUGUUGAUGAACUUCCAGCAGGAGUUGAGCACAAGUGAAAGUGAGCUCGACAAACAACGCGACGAAGUACGACGUCUUCAGCAACAACAGCAACAACAAGCACCUGAUCGUGCUACCAAAGAAACAUUAGAAGCGCAAAUGCGUGAAGUUCAACGUCUCACUCAACAAAUUCAAACACUCACUCAGAAUCAAAACAAAGAACGUCAACGAGCUGAACAAGCUGAAAAACGUAUUCAAGAAUUACAAAAACAACUUGCGUCAGCAGGUGCUACGUCAGCAAAUGAAUCUCAAAUUGAGCAGUGGCGAAAACUUUGUGAAUCUGAAAAACAACGUGCCGAUAAUGCCGAAAGAAAUGCCAAUGAAUUACAGAAGAGAAUCCAAACUUCCGAGCGUCAACUUCAUGCACAGCAACAACAGAUUCAACAGAUGCAGAUUCAUCUACAGCAGCAGCAACAGCAACAGCAGCAGCAAAAUGGAUCUAGCGGCCAGGAGGCUGCUAAACUUCGCAAGGACUUGGACCGUGCACAAGAGGAAACCAAGCAGGCGAUCAUCGAACGCGAGCGACUACAAUCUCAGCUUGAGAUGCUGGUCCAGGAACUCGAAAGAAAUCAGGUGGAUCUUCACGAAGCGAACAAGAAACUUCAAGCUGGCGGAGCCAAACCUGGCGUCGACACUAGUCAGGAAAGAAAACAAUUGGAAGAACAAAAACGUCAGUUAGAGGAGCAGAGGAAGCAGAUUGAAGAACGUGCAAGAAUAUCUGAUAGUAAAUUAAGAACUGCUGAAGAAAAAGAACGGGCAUUACAAGCAUUAGACCAGGAUUUAAAAAAACGAAAAGCAAAAAUGGAUCAGUUGGAGCAACAACUUCAAAAGAGUGGCGGAUCACCAGACAAAAGACUUGCAGAAAUGCAAAAGGCACUGGACACUGCGGAAAAAGAAUUGGAAAGAGCGAAAGAAGAAGCUGGAAGAAGUUCCGCGGAAACGGAAAGACUACUCCAGCUUAUGCAAAUGACGCAAGAAGAACAAAAUUCAAAAGAAAAACAGAUACGCGAACUCCAAGACGCUCUUAAAGCUGCACAAGCAAAACUUAAACAAGCCACAGCUGCAAAUCAACAAGAGAUAAAAGAAAACUAUUGCGACCCCGAUAAGUUGAGCAAUGGUGCUAUUGAUGAAGACAUCGAAAAAUGGAAAGAAGAAAUAAAAUCAAAAGACAGGAGAAUUUAUGAAUUGGAAAUGGAGAUGCAAUCGAUCGAAGAUUUUCUAAAUAAUCACUCAGAGACAAAUGGUGUCGUUGAAUUGCAACGGAUAUUAAAGAAGAAAAUAUCUAAAAUAAAUAAAUUAGAGUAUACUAUUGCUGAAUUUGAAGAUUUUCUUAAACAAAAUCCAGAUGUUAAAGAAUUACACGAGCUUAAGUGUCAAAUUGAUUUUAAAGAACGUAGGAUACGUGACUUGGAGAGUUGGAUUGAAAGAAACAGCGACGUGGGAAUUGAAAAAACACGUAUUAUUGAAUUGGAACAAAUGGUGACACAUCUUGAAGAAUACGUUAAGAGUCACAAUGUCGAUGCGCUUAAACAAAAGUUACAGGAUCGUGAAGAGAGAAUAGAUCAAUUGUUGAGCAAAAUUGAUACGCUGGAUAAAGAAUUGAUGAAACGUGAGCCAUUUAAAAAUAUAAAUAAUUUAUGUGAUGACGAAUUAUUGAAUAAUUUCGAUGAUGAUGAAAAAAUGCAGAUUAUUAAGAAAGUUAUAUUUGAAAAAGAAGUUAAAAUGAAAGAAAUGGAACAUGCGAUAUCAGAAAAAGAUAAUCGUAUUCAAGAUUAUGAACAGCAAGUUAUUGAAUUAGAAGAUAAAAUAUAUAAAAUGGCUAAUGAAAUUAAAAAUAUCAAGGCAGAAUUAAGUGAAUACGAGGCUGAAGAUAUUGGAGUGUUAAAAGAAGAAAUAAGAGUCAGGGAUGAAAGAGUUCAACAGCUGGAAGAUGAAAUAGAUUCACUGGAAAGGGCAUUUGGUGAAAGAAUGGAUUUGGAAGAAAUAGAAGAACUGUUAAAUGUUAUAAAAAAAAAAGAAGACCAUGAAAAAAAAUUAGAGUUUAAAGUUACGGAGCUAAGAGAUGCACUUAGAGACAGUGUAGCGAUUGCUAAUAAAGCUGAUAAAAAACUGAAGCAAAUAGAAAAGAGCAAAGAGAAUUACAUUGAUAGGGUAAUAAAAUUAGAACAAAAAAUAACAUCAUUACAAUCAGCGAAUGCGUUAAAAUGUCACUCAUGUCGGCCUCUAAUGUCAAAAUUUUUAAAAUGUCAAAAAAAUUUGAACCGCCUAAAAGAUGAACGAAGAAUUCAGCUUAAAGAUCUUCAUAAUUUAAAGUGUGAAACGUUAAAAGCAGCAUUGUCUGAGAAAGAUGCUCAUCUGGCACUACUGGAACUUUCAGCAGUGAAAACGCAGAUGCAAUUUGAUCAAAUGGAACAAUUGAAAGCCGAUAAAGCCAGAUUACUUGAUAAAUUAAAAGAAGAGGAUAGAAAAUGCAUGGAAUUAUCUGAAGAGGAAUCCAGUGACUCAACGAGUGAAUCACCAAUGGUUACCAAGAUUAUUGAACCGACACUUGGGAAAGAUGAAGACUAUCUCGAUAAUUCACAGUCCGUUUCUGAGACGUCGCGAUGAUAAGAAUAAUACGGGCUUGGGUAUAAGUAAUGAAAUUUGUGCUUCGUUUAUUUAUUUUGGACUGCAUUCAUCUACCGGUGACAUCUUCUACCGUUUGAAUCUCCAUAACAGUCUAAUUGUACGUUGAUACGAAUUUAAAAGGAUCAAUUUAUUAAUAAUUAUUUAAUUUAAAUAAUCGGUUGUUAAGCUAAAGGUGAUAUUGAUCUGAUUGACGAUUUUUUUUAAGUCAAACGAAAAAAAA